AGGAGCCCGACACGAUCUGUGAUGAAAUCAGUGUAACACAACCAGCUGUUCAUAUGUCAUCUCGAAUUUAGCCGACAUCUGACAUGUAUGCUCAUGUAUCAUCUCUUACUCAGGCACAUCUGGUCACUUUGCAGCGCAUCCGAGCAGCAGGGUGAAGGACAGCCGCUGCGUUCCCUCCGCCCUCAAUCACCCUCCGCUAUUGGCCAGCGCGCACCGGCUUCAUUAUUCCAGUCUCACGGAUGCGCGAGACACUCACUCAGCGCGCGGAUGAGAGAGAUUCACGCAGAACUUCGGGUUUAUCGUUACGGGAGGGACCUGUUACUGAAGCCAUGAGAACGCACGGCACAUGCAUGAGAGCGGUACAUGUGAGCGGCUCCCCGGUUUAGUUGGGGACGCAGGAGAGAAGCGCAGUGAUGAUGGGACGCUUUGGGAUGAAGGGACGGUACUCCUGUUUUGGCUUCCUCGCGGUCCUGGUUCUCCUGCUGCCCUAUGCGAUGGCUAGAGGGUCACGUGAUGGUCUCUCAGCGAUGUCUGGAACGCUGCCUCACUUCCUGCAGGAGCCCGAUGAUGCAUACAUUGUCAAAAGCAACCCCAUCAAGCUACGUUGCCGUGCACGGCCCGCCCUCCAGAUCUUCUUUAAAUGCAAUGGGGAAUGGGUCCAUCAGAACCAACACACUUCUUUGGAGCACACUGAACUAGGAACGGGGCUGAAGAUCCGUGAAGUGAUGAUAAAUGUGUCCAGACAGCAGGUGGAGGACUUCCACGGACCAGAGGACUACUGGUGUCUGUGUGUGGCCUGGAGUCAUCUGGGCACCUCCAAGAGUCGCAAAGCCACCGUCCGCAUUGCAUACCUACGGAAGAACUUCGAACAGGAACCGCAGGGGAUGGAGGUGCCGAUCAAUGGCAUGAUCGUUCUCCACUGCCGCCCACCCGAGGGAGUGCCUGCAGCUGAGGUUGAGUGGUUGAAGAAUGAAGAGCUGGUGAGUUCUCUUGUAGACAUCAAUAUCGACACUCGAGCCGACCACAACUUGAUUAUCAAUGAAGCAAGGCUGUCUGACUCUGGAAACUACACCUGCCUGGCCAGCAACAUUGUUGCUAGAAGACGUAGCGCCACAGCAACAGUCAUAGUGUUUGUGAAUGGAGGGUGGUCAUCCUGGACGGACUGGUCAGAGUGUAACGUCCGCUGUGGGAGAGGAAUUCAGAAGCGGACACGGACCUGCACUAACCCCGCUCCGCUUAAUGGAGGAGCUUUCUGUGAAGGAAUGUCUGUUCAGAAGAGCACCUGUACCUCUCCGUGCCCAGUGGACGGUGGCUGGGCCGAGUGGACUAUGUGGUCUGUGUGUAGUUCUGAAUGUGAGAGGCAGCGCACUAGAGAGUGUACAGACCCCGAGCCAAAACAUGGAGGAAGACUGUGUGAUGGAGCCGCCCUGGACACAGACAACUGCACCGGAGACCUCUGUAUUCAAGACAGGAAGCUGCUCCAUGAUGUGAAGGUUCCGCAAGCUGAUAUGGAGAGCAGUAAUGAUGUAGCGCUGUACUCUGGUCUGGCUGCGGGUUUAGUUACCGUGGUCGUGCUGGUCAUCGCUGUAGCGCUGUACAGGCGGAACCAGAGCGAGUAUGGCGUUGAUGUCAUCGACUCGUCCGCGCUGACCGGAGGAUUUCAGUCCUUCAGCUUCAAAAGUGCCAGGCAAGGUAACCCUCUGUUAAUGAACUCCUCCAUGCAGCCAGACCUGACCGUGUCACGGACCUACACCGGCCCCAUCUGUUUCCCUGACUCCAUGGAGAAGGAGCUCAUCCCUGAACCUGCACUCUUCGACCCCCUUCCUGACCUCAAGGUCAAAGUUCACAGCUCCUUUAUGGUCUCUCUGGGUGUGUCUGAGAGGGCAGAGUAUCAUGCGAAAGCGCCUUCCCAAACGUUUCCUCGCGGUGUGGUGCAGGAGAUCGGAGGUGGUGGAGGCACGCUGGGGGGGAGAGGGAAGAGCCAGCUGGCUCCCGUCCAGCCAGCGCUAGUCUCCAGUAUGAUGACUGGCAAGCGACUGCUCAGGACCAGCGGGGUGUUCGGGCAUGGCGGAGGACGACUGGUGGUGCCCAACGCAGAUGUUGCUUUGUCUGAUGAAGGUCAGGAGAUACUUUUGAGUCCAGAAGUAACAUAUGGCCCUCCUGGCCUGACCCUUUCCUGCCCUGUUGCCUUGACAGUAGCCCACUGUGCAGAUGUGAGUUCAGAAGACUGGAAUAUCAAGCUUAAGAGACAAACCCAGGACAACAGCUGGGAGGAGGUCAUGACUGUGGAAGAGGAGAGCACCUCUUGUUACUGCCUGUUGGACACUCAGUGCUGCCACCUGUUGGUGGAGAGACCGGGGUGUUACGCUUUAGUGGGAGAGGCCCUCACACAGGCGGCAGGGAAGAGACUCCGACUGGCUGCUUUUGGAAACAUGGAGCCCAACUUCCUCAACUACAGCAUUCGAGUGUACUGCGUCGAUGAUACGCCCCAUGCCUUUCAGGAGGUGGUAUCCGUGGAACGGGGGCGAGGAGGGCGCCUCCUGGAGGAACCCAAGACCCUGCUCUUCAGAGCGAACUCUUUUAGCCUGCAGGUCUCCAUCCAGGACAUCCCCCAGUUCCUGUGGAGCAUCAAACCUUUCACCACCUGCCAGGAAUUCUCCUUCUCUCAGGUGUGGUGCAGUAGCCAGUCUCCUCUGCAGUGUGCCUUUUCUCUGGAGCGCUACAGUCCAGCAGCCAAUCAGCUCUCCUGUAAGAUCAGUGUUCGGCAGGUCAAAGGUCAUGAGCAGAUCCUACAGGUCUACACCACCAUUGCUGAGAAUGAAAAAGACACCGUGCCAUUCUUCACACAAUCAGACUGUACCAUCACCUCUCAAACGGGAUCCAGGGCCUUCAAAAUCCCCCUGUCCAUUCGCCAGCGAAUCUGUGCCACCUUCGACACAGCGAAUGCCAAGGGCAAAGACUGGCAGCUCUUAGCGCAGAAACUGCAUAUAGACAGAAACCUGGGUUAUUUUGCGCGCCAGACAAGCCCGUCCGCUGUCAUUCUGAGUUUAUGGGAAGCUCAGCAUCAGGAACGAGGUGAUCUGGACUCUUUGGCCAGUGCUCUAGAGGAAAUCGGCAAAGUUCAGUCUAAACACUCCACCAGCGCAGACACUCUGGACCGCAUCAGCAAAACCAUCCCCUCCAGCGACUCCACCAUGAACCGCAGCAGCGAGGAGCUCGACGCGAACCACACCUAAGAACAGUUUCAUUGGAAAUGAAGACUAAAACACUGUCCUUAUCGGAGAUAAGAGGGUACGACGAAGGGAGAGAGGAGGCGGCACUUUAAGAGGUUGCAAAGAGUUGCUCCUCCCUCUCCUUUACUGAUAAAAACAGGGUGUUAAAGAUGGGUUGUGACCAUAGACAAGCUUCAGUGAUUCACAGAUACUCACACACGUACACAGUAUUCCUAUCAAAUACCCUUAAACGCAUCAGAACAAACUGACACUAAGCCUGUCUGAUGAAAAUUUGCAGCUGAAGAUUGUGGGUAUGCUUUCGCGAUCGUUUGUUUCCAUAAAGGCAAACUGAGAAAUUACAACAGCCUAAAUGUUAACUUGCGACCACAGACCGGGCUGCCUCGAUGCUUCAGAGUGUUGAAGAAUGUGUCGUUGUUUUUGUGGGACACUUUUAAUUUGCGUCUUUCUGUUUGAAAACCACAAUGGUCGUCUGCAUUUCUGAGUAACUUUCUGAUUGCAAAUAGAUUUAAAAAAAGAAAAAAACAUCUGUACUGAAUACUAUUAAAGCCUGUUGCAUAGCAACCAGUGUAAACUGAAAGAUGUACUCAAAGAUAACCAAAACAAAACAUUGUUAUACAUUUACUUUUGCAGCCUAUCGAAAUAUAUAAUUAUUAUUGUUGUUACUUUUUGUCUGAAGGAGGGAAUAUAAAAGAAAGCAGAAAAUGAUAAUGCUUAAUGAGAAAGUUCGAUUUGAGGUAAGGAAUAUCAUUAAAAAUGUAAAGGGACAGUUCACCUAAAGAAAAUAGCCUAGAAAUUCUUCAAAAUCAUAAAAGUACUUCUUGUAACUCAUCACUAUAUCUCAAGACUUCUAAAGUCAUAUUACAGCUUUAUGUUAGAAACAGACCGACAUUUUAAUCAUUAGGUUCCAAUUUAUGGCUUGAAAUCUUCUCUUGAAAAAAGAGUGACCAGUGCAUUAAUCAAAAUUUGGUUUUAUUCCUCAAAAGGAAGAAACUGGUAGAAAUGAGUAUGGAACAGAAGGGGGUGAGAAAAAUUAUGACAGAAUUAUUAUUUUUUGGGUGAACUGUCUCUUUAAAUGUUACCAAGCUGACUGCUGAUUGGUCAGAAUCCUUCUCUAUCAGCUGUCUCUCAAAAUGACAAAUGAUGGACAGCUGUGUGUAAAAUUCAUUGGAUAACCCAGUAAAAAUCCAUCAAACAUA